AUGGAGUUCCUUGGUCAUGUUGUUUCAGCUGAGGGUAUUCGUGUUGAUCCAAAUAAGAUUAAGAAGAUAGUUGAGAGGAAGCUGCCUAAGAGUGUUACCGAGGUUCGUAUUUUCUUUGGGUUAGUCAGUUAUUAUCGUCGCUUCAUGGAAGGUUUCUGGAUUAUUGUUGCCCCUCUGACGAAGUUGUUGCAAAAGAAUGUUAAGUUUGAGUGGACUGAGGAGAGGCAUAAUAUGUUGGGUCUAUUACCAAUCUUCGAUGCACAAGACGGUAGGGUGGUUUCUUAUGCUUUGAGACAGUUAAAGACGAAUGAGCGUAACUAUCGCACACAUGAUUUUGAGUUGUCUAAACUAGUGUCUGCGCCAAAGAUUUGGCGUCACUACUUGUAUAGUGAGAGGUGUAUCAUCUACACCGAUCAUAAAAGUAUCAAUUAUCUCCUUACACCAAAGGAGUUGAAUUUGAGGCAAAGGCAUUGGGUUGAGUUCUUAAAGGAUUAUGAUUGUUCAAUUAAGUAUCAUCAGGAUAAAGUAAAUGUGGUUCCCGAUGCUUUAAGUCGUAAAUCGAUGGGUGAGUUGCAGGCUUUGUUGUGUGUGCCUGAGGAUUCAAGUUUAAGGAGUGAGAUUCUUUUGGAGGCACAUAGUGUGUCGUUUGUGAUGCAUCAAGUUUGUCAUCGUAUGAAAGUCGAACAUCAGUUUCCUUCAGGUUUGUUGCAGCAGAUUAAUAUUCCUGAGUGGAAGUGGGAGUGUGGAUUUUGUCACAGCGUUAACGCCAUCAUAGGAGGACUUUAUUUGUGUGUUAAGGAGACAGCAUAUAAGGUUAAGUUGAUUAGGGAGCAUUUGAAGGCUACUUUUGAUCGGAAGAAGUCUUAUGCUAAUUUGAAGCUUCGUGAGAAUGAGCAUGUUGUAGAUGACUUUGCGUUCCUGAAGGUUUCGGCUUGGAAUAAGGUGUUGCGAUUUGGAUGUAAGGGUAAGCUUAGUUCGAGGUUUAUAGGAUCAUAUGAGGUGUUAGGGCACGUUUGUCCAGUUGUGUAUCUUAGGUUUCUACAUGAGAUGGGGUAUAUUCACGAUGUGUUUCACGUGCCAAUGUUGUGUAGGUAUCGAUCGGAUCCCUCAUAUGUCACUUCGAAGGAUGAGGUUGAGGUUCAUACCGAUCUUUCUUACGAAGUAGAGCCAGUUAGGAUCUUAGCCAGUGAUGUGAAGGUGUUUCGUAAUAAGUUUGUUCCGUUAGUGAAUGUAUUGUGGCGCAACUGCAAUACUCAGGAGGCGAUGUGGGAGACAGUAGAGUCAAUGCGAACUUAG